GAACGGCUGUGCCGGGAAAUCCGAGCGCUCCAAGGUCUCAUCAACAGCCACAGGAACAUCCACGGGGAUGCUCCGCGGCCGCUUCCAGCGGCACCUCCCAGGUGGAACAACCCCCGGAGUGCCGCCUACGGCCGGAGGGGAGCGUUUUCCAGGAAUUUCCAAGCUCCCAGGAGUUUCCACCCGCGCCAGACUCACUCCUGGAGGAAGAAAUACUCCCUGGACAACCGGCUGCCGGGAUCGACCUCCGAGGUUGGAAGCGCUUCCGGCACAUCCCGGGUUUUCGGGAACAACGGGGACAACCCGACUCCGGAGCCUCCGGAAUCGUCACUGGAGAGACACGUGGAUUUCACCACGGAUGGGAACAUCGUUGUGGGCAUCCAGGUGCCACAGAGGGCUGGAGACGCGGGAGCUUCCGGGGAGUUUUCCGGGCGGGAAACGGCGGUGGCUCCUUCGGGCGAUGGGAAAAGUAUCCCGGAAUCUCCAUACCCGGAAGAGAGAAGACCUUCCCUGUCCAUAUCCUUUAGUUCCACUUCCAGGACCGUGUGUCUGCCUGGAAGCGUGGCUGGAAGCAGCUUUUCCCCCUCUGGAAGCGGCAGCGAAAGCGCCGUGACGCUGAAAUCGGAGCCGCAGGAGCCUUUGGAAUUUCCGGGUCAGGAGCCGGCCGGGAAUUUGGGACGGAUCAAAGCGGAGCCGCCGUCUCCGGGACAGAGCUGCGAGGAAGUCAAGGAUGCUUCCCUGCUCCCCAAACUCUUUGGGAAUGCCAAGGUACCCUCUCCACCCGCUCGGGUCGGGGUGACUCCGGACAAGAGCAGAUUUCCCGUCGUUCCCAAGUCUCCCGUCUCCAGCAAAUCCCCGAAAUUCCGCAAGAACAACUACACCUGGGUGGCAAAUCCCGGGAAAAACUGCCGGCCGGUGAGGAGGUGGGGGAGCCCCCGAGCCGAGAAUUCCAGGAAAGGCCUCGGGGGGACGGAAAGAGGAACCAAAACAUCCCCCCGGGCGGAUUUGGGAGCGAAGGCGAAAAAAUCGGGAUUGCAAUCCAAGCUGGGAGGGGUCUCUCCCAGCAAAUACAAGUGGAAAGCCUCCAGCCUGCCGGCCCUGCCUUCCACUUCCAAGUCGGCAUUCCGCUGGAGAUGCGAGGAUCAGAGGAAGCCUCCCGACAUUCCGUGUCCCGGAAGUGCUCCCGUGGCUCCGAGCGCCGCUUCCGUGGGUCUCGGAGCGGGGAAAUCCUUUGGAGAGGUCCCGUUAUCCACUUAUAAAGUGAAGAGUCGGACCAAGAUCAUCAAGAGGAAAGGGAACGUGGGUUUCCCGACGGAGAAGAAGAACAUCUCGCCCGGCGCGGCCCUCAAGAGUCGCUUCCACCUCCGGAGGAAAAAUUCCGUGCGGGGAAAACCGUCGGCGACUCUGAAACGCUCCUCUCCCAGGAUCCUGGUCCAGGUCUCCAGGCACAGGCUCCGCAGGAUUCCGGCCACCAGGAAUCCACAGGGGACCACCAAGGAAGGAUCCAACUUCUCCUUGGCCAGGAGCCCCCCUUCCAACAAGGUGAUCAAGACCCGCUACAGGAUCGUGAAAAAAAACGUGACCACUCCAGCCUUGUCCUCCUUCUCCAGCCCCAUUCCCACCUGGAAGACGAGGCGCCCCGGGACAUCCAGGUCCCUGUUGUUGAACCAAACCCGACUGUCGCCCCAAGGUGCCAAAUCCCAGCCGGUGCCACCGCGGUGGAGGAGCAAAGGCUUCCGCUGCAUCGGCGGCGUCCUGUACCGAGUGUCGGCCAACAAACUGUCCAAAACCUCCAGCACCCCCGUCAGGAGCAGGGACCUGGGCACCAAAACCCCCGGCAGAGCAGCUCUGAGGUUGCACUCCACACCCAGUCCUGGCAUCUCUCCCUCCGGCCUGAACCGAUCCUCCUCCUGCCGAUACAUCGCCAGCCGUGCUGUGCAGAGGAGCUUGGCCAUCAUCCGCCAGGCCAAGCAGAGGAGGAAGAAGAAGGAAUAUUGCAUGUACUACAACCGCUUCGGGAAGUGCAACCGCGGCGACAGCUGCCCCUACAUCCACGAUCCCGACAAAGUCGCCGUCUGCACCAGGUUUCUCCGUGGCACGUGCAAGAAGACGGAUGGGACCUGCCCCUUUUCCCACAAAGUGUCCAAGGACAAGAUGCCGGUGUGUUCCUACUACUUGAAGGGGAUCUGCAGCAACAGCAACUGCCCCUACAGCCACGUCUACGUGUCCAGGAAGGCAGAGGUGUGCCAGGAUUUCCUCAAGGGAUAUUGUCCCAUGGGAGAAAAGUGCAAGAAGAAGCACACGCUGGUGUGUCCCGACUUUGCCCGGAAGGGCGUCUGUCCCAAGGGUGUCCACUGCAAACUCCUGCACCCCCAGAAGAGGCGGCACCCCAAGGAGGCAGGAGGAGAGGGAGACCACGCCGACCCCCCUUCCAAGUGGAGAUGGAUCAAGGAGGACAGGAAUGAUCCAGCUCAGCUCCACGACGAUGGGGAAAUUCCCGGACCUUCCAGUGUGGAGCAGGAGGGGAAGUUUGGGAAAGAGGAGGAUGCCAAGCCAACGAGCUGCCUGCAGAAGCUUCCAUCCUUCAUCUCCCUCCGAUCCCCAGAAUAUCCCGGAUUCCAGGGCUGCAAAGUGGAGAAAGAUGAGGAUGAGCCAGAGGAGAAGCCAGGCACCACCAAAAGGAAGAGGAUUUUGCCACGGGAAUCUUCAGAGGACUCGGAGGACACCCGUGUGGAAGGUGCCAGAGGCAAACAGCUGCAGAUCAAGCCCCGGCUGUGAGGAAUUCCUGAUUUCCCGAUCCCGGGAUCAGCCGACCCGCUCAGGAACUGGAGAGCCGGGCACAACCUGGCACCUACCUCAGGACGCCGUGUCCAGACAUGGCACCACCCCCUUCUCUCGCUUUUUGGGGACACCAUUCAGACAAGGAGCAGCGUGGGAAUACGCCUCUCAUUCCUGCUGAGAAUUCCCACAGGAAGCGGCUUCAUUUGGAAUCUUUGAGUUGACCAAUAAACAACCUUUCUCCGUUGGUUUGUUGGAGGCAAGUCCUGCC